AUGGCUGAAUCUUGGGAUGAUUUAAAAGGGUGGGAGAUAAUAAUCACCGAUGAAAAUGGAAAUAUCUUAGAUGAAAAUCAACGGAGAAGACGUAGGAGAGGUAAAGAGGAAAAGGUUUAUCUGGAAAGGAAAUCAGAUAAUUUGAGGAUUGGGCGUGGUGAUAGUGUCGUUAUGAACAAUAAAAAGACUGAUACGUGGGCUGUAUAUAUGAUCCAUGAGAUUAGAUUGAACACAUUGAAUAACCUCGUGGAAAUAUGGUCAUUCAAUUAUUUAAGAUGGUUUGAACUAGAUGCUAUUCAAUUUUUUAAAGCCUUCGAUAAAGAUCAAUUGAAGGGGACACCCACCAUUGAAGAUCUGAAUCGCAUAAUUGCUGAAAAUGUGAAUAAAUCAGAACUUUAUUUAACAUUAGAAUUAUCAGAAAUCUUACUAGUAGAUUUCAUUUCAAUGGCUAAUAUAAUGUCACAAGAAGAUUGGGAUAAGAGUGAGAAUAACCCAAAGAAAGACUUCGUAGUAAGGUAUAUCUCAUAUCCUUCAACUGAAAAGUUCAGAGAAAUUAAUUUUUGUGAAGAAAAGGAAAUAAUGUUAAGAUUUAAGCCAAAAGUAGCUAUGGAUUAUAUUAAAAGUAGAGCUCGACCCAUUUUAGGGCGGUUCGAGAAUGGAGACCCUACUGGAGAAAAAAGACGUAAACGGUUUAGCCCAGAGGAAAGGAUAAAAACGUUUACUGCCAUCAAUGACGGAUAUAAGGAAUCAGAUUCUGAUGCAUCUAAUUCUGAUUCCGAUGCAGGUUCUGGCUCUGACGUUAAUAACAGCUCUACGGAUGAAAUGAAUGAAACAGAGGAUGAAUCUGGUUCAUUUUCAAAUUCCGACAUCGAAAUCGAAAAUGAAGAUGAAUUGGUAUCUGAUCAUGAUGAUGAGGAUGUAGAUUUUGGUUUGCCAAGGAUGAAAUCUAUGAGUAAAAAACCAGUACCAGGAAGGAAAAGAGGUCGUCCACCAAAAGAAGGCGGAACAAGGAAAUACCCUCAUAGACUAACGGUACAGGGGCUCACAAUUCCUAAGACAUCUGAGGGCACACCUGUUAUAAGAAAAUUUACAAAGAGAAAUGUCAAUCGUGCAAAGAAGAAGUAUACUCCAUUUUCCAAAAGAUUUAGAUCAAUAGCAGCCAUACCUGAUCUCAGAAAAGUGAGUUCAUUCAAAGAAAGCUCAGAUAAGAGUGAUUUGGCACAUCAUAAUUUGGAAGAUAAGCUGAAGACAUCAAAUGGGCAUAAAGUUGUGGAAACAAUUUUCUCUAAAGUGAAAAGACAAUUAUAUUCGUCACAUGGUAAAGAGGAGAUUGUUAAAUCUAAAAACUUCGAUGAAUAUUUACCGGCUCGUGAAAAUAAAUUUGCAUCGAUUUAUUUAAGCAUUUACAGUGCGUUAGAAUCAGAAUCUGCGACAACUUUGUAUGUAGCGGGAACACCUGGUGUCGGUAAAACUUUAACAAUUAAAGAGGUCAUCAAAGAUCUAAUAAGCUCGGCGAAUCAACAUGAAUUACCUAAAUUCAAAUUUGUUGAAAUCAACGGUUUGAAAAUGGUGAAGGCAACUGAUAGUUAUGAAGUACUUUGGAAUAAGAUUUCAGGGGAACGGCUAACAUGGGCAGCAUCUAUGGAAUCUUUAGAAUUUUACUUCAACAAAGUUCCACAAAAUAAGAAAUUUGCCACUGUUGUACUCUUGGAUGAACUAGAUGCUCUUGUAAAUAAAUCCCAAGAUAUCAUGUACAAUUUUUUCAAUUGGACGACAUAUACUAAUGCGAAAUUAAUAGUUAUUGCUGUGGCGAAUACAAUGGAUUUACCGGAAAGACAAUUGGGUUCCAAAGUUUCUUCGAGAAUAGGGUUUACAAGAAUAAUGUUUACAGGGUAUACACAUGAAGAAUUGAAAAAUAUCAUUGAUUUUAGAUUGAAAGGUUUAAAUGGUAGUUAUUUUUAUGUGGAUUCCCAAACUGGUAGUGCCAUACAACUAGAAUCUACUGAAGAAACAGAUCCAUUACCAGCUGGGAUGAAAAAGAUCCGUUUACAAAUGAGUCCCGAUGCCAUUGAAAUUGCAUCUAGAAAGGUUGCUAGUGUCAGUGGUGAUGCAAGAAGGGCACUAAAAAUAUGUAAACGUGCAGCUGAAAUCGCUGAAACGAAUUAUAUGGUAAAACAUGGCUAUAGUUACGAUGCAACUAUUAACAGUGAUGAAACUGCUAAGGAGGGUAAAUCGGAGGACACUGAUCAAGAGGAAGUACAAACGAUUCAUAUAAGGCAUAUAAUGCAGGCUUUAAAUGAAUCUCUUAACUCCCAUACUGUCGACUAUAUCAGUCAUCUACCGUUUACGUCAAAACUAUUCCUUUAUGCGCUUUUGAAUCUUACGAAAAAGAAUGGAUUAUACGAGCAAAAUUUAGGUGAUGUCAUUGAUGAAAUAAAAUUGUUAUUGGAUAUUAAUGGAACCAAUAAAUUCAUUGUGGGUAUCAAUGAAACGCUCUAUGGAAAUAGUCAAAAGGAUGCAAUAGAGCAACUGCGAAUUGUUUCUUGGGAUUUCACAAUCAACCAUUUAGUGGAAGCUGAUGUUCUUAUCAAAGUUAACAUGAAAAAUGAAAGAUCUUCAUGUAUUAAACUAAAUAUAUCCUCUGACGAAAUAAGACGAGCAAUUGAUCAAGACAUUUAUAUAAAAGAUCUUUGA